CGGCAUUCGGUCCACUUUGAAUAUAUAUUAUUCUAUGGUAUAGUUUAAUCCAAUGAUGGAGUCCAGUUCAUAUUGAAACGACGUUUCACGAUUUUCACGGGCAAAAACAAUGGAUCACAUCACGUCGUUUUGUCGUGCUUGAGGGCCGACAAGAGUCGCCUGCGGGAUGGUAGUCAGGGGCUGAUGCGCGCUUGAACUCGGGGUAACCCAUUCCGGGAGAUCUGGAUGCACCGCAAACACGGGCUGGCCGUUGGUGUCCACAGGUUGCACAAGUUGCCCGUCAGGUCCCUGUACAUACUGCGGGACGUAGAACUGUCCAUCGGCGCCUUGAAUAUAUCCCGGCAUAAACUGCAAUGUGCCGUCUGGGCCACGGACAUACUGUCCUUGAUGCACCAUCACGGGUUGCACAUACGUUGGAACACGAAAUGGCUGCGUCGCUGGCCCGCGCGCGGCCCCAGCAGCUUCGGCGCAGCAAUACCCACAGAGGCAGCCGCACAAAAUGUCUCCACAACAAUCGUCCAUGGCGAUUUCCACUUGUGACGCACCCAG